CGCGUUGCUGAGAAGUGGGAUUGGCUCGUGGACUUGUGGACGCCUGUUGGGUCCAGAUUCCCUGAAAUUGUGGAUUGCCCACCUGUGUUUUGAGAAAAUUUAGCAUGUGGUUUUCUGGAGUUACUGCAAGAACUGUAUUAUAGAGCUGGCGUUAGGGGUAGGAAGGUAAUUAUUGUAAAGCAAUAAUUCUGAAAAAGCAACUCUUCCAUGAUUUGAAAUCCUAAAUAUUAUUGCAUAUAUUGGAAUCAUGUUGGUGAUAGAGGGGAGAGGAAAAAAGAAAGUGGCCAGUGGUGUCCGAGUCUGCAUAAAACUAUGCUUCGAAGUAUUCUGGGAAAAACCUUUCGACUUCUUGGCUAUACUCUUCAGUAUGGCUGCAUAGCUCAUUGUGCCUUUGAAUACGUUGGUGGUGUUGUCAUGUGUUCUGGACCAUCAAUGGAGCCUACAAUACAGAGUUCUGACAUUGUCUUCGCAGAAAAUCUUAGCCGACAUUUUUAUGCUAUCCAAAGAGGUGACAUUAUAAUUGCCAAAAGUCCAAGUGAUCCUAAAUCAAAUAUUUGUAAAAGAGUAAUUGGUUUGGAAGGAGAUAAAGUUUUCACGCACAGCCCGUCAGAUUACCUUAAAAGCCAUAGUUACGUACCAAGAGGUCAUGUUUGGCUGGAGGGUGAUAAUCUCCAGAAUUCUACAGAUUCUAGGUACUAUGGGCCUAUUCCAUAUGGACUAAUCAGAGGACGUAUUUGCUUAAAGAUUUGGCCUCUGAAUGAUUUUGGAUUUCUACGUGAUAGUCCCAAUGGCCACAGAUUUUCUGAUGAGUAAUCAGCAUUUAGCCAACCAAAUCACUUCAUUAUAGCAUCGUGUUCUUAAAGAAACAUUUUUACUAAGUCACUGAAACCAUGUAUUUAUAAAUAAAAUAUUUUAUAUUCAA